AUGAAGGGCUUCUGUCUGCGGUCCAAGUCUGAGAGUAAAGUCUGUAUCAAGAACCACAUUAUCAAGAUUCAAACUCAGUUCGGCACGAAAAUCAAGUUUGUUUGGCACGAUGGAGCGCAUGAGUUUGCGACCAACUCGAUCAAGACCUUCAAUGAAGAUCAUGGUAUCGAACAACAGAUCACGGUGCCGUAUGCACACCAGACCAACGGCACCGCAGAACGCGCGAUAAGGACCAUCGUCACGAUCGGACGCAGCUUGUUGCAUCAUGCAAAGCUGGAGAAGUGUUUCUGGGCUGAAGCGGCAAUGACGGCGAUCUACAUCAAGAACCGCCUGCCUUCACCCAAGAUCGACCACAAGACUCCGUUCGAGAUCGUGUACAAGUCGAAACUAAGUGUCAAGCACAUGCGCGUGUUUGGAUGUCGGGCGUUUAUCCUGGCACCAAGGGAGAAGCGAUUGAAGUGGGACCCGAAGGCUCGUGAAGGGAUGUUCAUGGGCUACGAAGAAGCGUCAAAAGCUUAUCGAGUGUACGACAUUGAGGCGGGCCAAGUGGUGAUCAGUCGUGACAUCAUCUUCGACGAAUCGACUUUUGACUUUUCGAUGGACCGACCAAGUGACGAUGAUGAAGAUGCGGAGUUGGACCUCGACCUCCUGGCGAUCAACGAGGACGACGUACGUCAAACCGUCUACAAGCAGGCUGGCAAGCGCAAGAGUGAAGCAAGACCCGGCAUGUUACGUUCAGCUCGCCCUCGAACUGGGUUGGAACAAGCAAGUGCGCCGGAACACGUCUCCAACCGUCACCAGAAACGACGAUCAAGUGCUCCAGAAACGAUGUCUGAUGACGAAGAAGAUGCAAGCGUCUACAAUCAAGAUGACGACUCGACGCCUCCAACAUUUUGGCGUGCAAGUGCAAACGCAGUGGAAGCAACGGACCUAGCAGAACCUGUGACUUUUCAAGAAGCGAUCAAUGUUUUCCGUGCGGCAAAACUACCAAGAGGCCAAGGCGCGAUCGGCACCAAGUGGGGGUUCAAGAUCAAGCGCAAAGCGGAUGGAUCGGUCGAGAAAUACAAGGCGCGUCUCGUUGCCAAUGGCUUCAAGCAGAAGUACGGCAUCGACUACACAGAGACGUUCUCGCCCGUGGUCAAGUACGUGACACUGCGCAUGGUGAUCGCGAUCACCAAGUAUUUCGACUGGCUACUGUUGACGGUCAUCGGUUUCCUACCAGUAUUGGUAACCGUGACCGGUCCAAUCCGAACCGCCUGUUCAGCUUAG